AUGACAGAAGCAGCUGAAGCAUCCAUAGUUGUGCCACCAGCGCCGACUCAAGUUUUUAUUCCCCCGUCAAAUUUGCCCCCGCCGAAAGCGCUUAAUUUUGACGACAAUUUAGCCACCGCAUGGAAAUCGUGGAAAGCAGCGUGGCAGCGCUACGAAAUCGCUACUGGUGUAUAUAAACAAGAGGGCAUAGUUCGUGUGUCGACAUUACUAAGCAUUAUAGGCGAGGAUGGCGUCAGAGCCCACGAUACCUUUAUUUGGAACGAAGACGAAAACGCAGACGACAUUUCACAAGUCCUGAAGAAGUUCGACGAAUUCUGCAUUCCUAGGACACAGGUCAUAUAUGAACGCUAUAGGUUCAACAACCGAAACCAGGAACCAGGCGAAAAAAUCUCGACGUAUCUUACGGAGCUUCGAACGAUCGCAAAAAACUGUGCACACGAUACAAUCACACCAGAUGAAAUUUUGCGUGACCGCCUCGUGCUAGGCAUACGGGAUGAUCGCGUCCGCGAGAGACUUCUCCGUUUGAAUGAUUUAUCUCUCCUACAAGCAGUUGACAUUAUUAAGUCGUCAGAACAGACCCAACAGCAAGUAAAGCUAAUGGCUGGAGGAGACACUGCAGUUCAUGCGUUACGGAAGGCGGGAUCGGCAGAAAAACCUGAAGAAGAACGACAACUUAAGUCACAAGCAUUUAGAAGACCGUCUAAAGAAUGUGGAAAUUGCGGAAUGGUGCAUGGACGUCAUUGUCCCGCGUAUGGAACAACAUGUUUUAACUGUGGGAGUAUGAAUCAUUUUGCGAAUAAAUGUCGCGCUAAUCCCCGAGGAGUGAAAAGUAGAGUUUCGGCGGUCCACGAAGCCGUCGACAUGGGAAACGACCCCUACUACAUUGGUGCUACUACUAGUAAGAGCAAAGGCCAGGAAAAAUUGGCAGUGGUCAAACUCCACAUUUAUGGGCCAGAUCCCAAGACAGAAGUCCAGUUUCAAAUAGAUACUGAGUCGCAGUGCGACAUUCUCCCGGCCCAAUUAUACAAGCAAAUCACUGGGGACACCCUCCUUCAUCGCCUCAAACCAUGCCAAAAGGAAAUAGUCUCGUACACAGGGGAUCGCCGCAAAAUUGCUGGUAAAGCUACCCUGCCUGUGUGGUCCCGUGGACAGCGGAGGUCAAUGGAGUUUAACAUCUUAGACGGAGACUAUCAACCGAUUUUAUCAUUGAACACCAGCCUCAAUCUUGGCUUUGUGAGUUUGAAUAAUUGUGACGUCCUAGCAUUACACGUCAAGUGUCCCAAAGCCUCCUUGCUCGAAGAGUAUGAGGACGUAUUCGACGGAUUAGGGGCCCUACCGGGAACAUACAAAAUAGCCAUAGACGAACAGGCGCAACCAGUUGUCCACGCACCGAGGCGAGUGCCAGUAGCCUUGCGUCCAUGCAUCAAAAACAAGCUGGACGAACUUGUUGAUCGUAAAGUUAUUAUUCCAGUAACAGAACCGACGCAGUGGGUAUCCAGCAUGUUGGCCAUAGUGAAGCCAAACAAAGUACGCAUCUGUAUUGACCCGAGAGAUUUAAAUCGUGCCAUUCGGCGAGAGCAUUACCAGUUGCCGACGAUCGAUGAAGUGGCCUCCCGCUUAACAGGUGCCAAGAAAUUUACUCUUUGUGACGCCAAGGAUGGUUUCCACCAAAUCCUCUUAGACGAUGCUUCUAGUUUCCUGACAACGUUCAAUACGCCUUUUGGGCGUUAUAGAUGGGCCCGCAUGCCUUUUGGUAUCUCAAGUGCGCCUGAAGUUUGGCAGCGACGCAUGCAUGAAUUCGUAGAAAAUUUAGAAGGAGUUGAAGUUAUCGCUGACGACUUCCUCAUCGCUGGAUUUGGCGAAACUGACGCAGAGGUCAACUCGAGCCUUGAAAAGAACGAACGUGCGUUCUUCAAGAAAUGCCGGGAGUGGAACCUCAAGCUCAACAAACUCAAGCUGAAAAGAUCUCAAACCGAAGUGCGUUUCAUGGGCCACCUCUUGACUCCUGAUGGUCUAAAGGCAGACCCAGCCAAAGUUGAAGCUAUUUUGGAUAUGCCACCGCCGACUGAUGUGAAAGGCCUGAAGAGGUUUUUGGGGAUGGUCAAUUAUCUGGCCAAAUUCUUGCCACUCCUGUCCGACAUGACAGAACCUUUGCGAAGGCUUGAGGACAAGGACGUCGAGUGGUGUUGGCUUGCACAGCAUGAGAAAGCAUUUACCACAGUCAAAGAAUACUUGGCCAAGGCCCCGGUACUGAAAUACUAUGAUGUUACUGAAGAAGUGACAAUCCAAUGCGAUGCCAGCAUAACGGGUCUAGGUGCAGUACUGAUGCAAAAGGGUCAGCCCGUUGCCUUUGCCUCGCGAGCUCUGACCGACACCGAAACGCGUUACGCUCAAAUCGAGAAAGAGCUCCUCGCCAUAGUGUGGUCAACCGACAAGUUCAAUCAAUACAUACUGGGACGCGAAGUUGUACACAUCGAGUCUGACCACGAACCACUAAGGGCAGUUUUUACCAAGCCAAUACACAACUCACCAAAGAGACUCCAGAGAAUGCUGAUGGCCCUUCAGAAUUACUCCCUGGAUGUGCAGUAUAAAAAAGGAGAACUUAUGUGGGUAUCAGAUGCACUGAGUCGAGCAUACCGCAACACCACCGAAGCCUCCAAGCACGAUACAAGUCUGAUCUGUACACUUGCCGAGAUAGAUCAUUCAGAAAACCUCUCGAUUGCACCAUACAGGCUCGCUGAAUUCAGAAACGAGAUUGCCAGGGACCCAGUGAUGCAAAAGCUAAUCGGAGCAAUCAAGGGUGAAUGGCCAGUGUCAAGGAAGUCCUGUACCCCUGAGCUGACGCCUUACUAUGACAAACGAAGUGAGCUUAUAGAAGACAAGGGACUAGUAUUCCUGGGGGAGCGAUUGCUGGUACCCCCUUCCCUGAGAAAAGAAAUGUUGAAGCAAAUUCACCGAUCACAUAUUGGAAUCGAAGGGUGUUUACGUCGCGCUAGGGAGGUCCUCUAUUGGCCCCUCAUGAAUUCGGAAGUAAAGGACUUUGUUUCCAAAUGCUCAAUCUGCCAGUCGUACCAGCCAGAUCAGUGCCGCGAGGAAUUGCAACCGUAUCCGAUCCCGUCGCGUCCCUGGUCGAUGCUAGGUGCCGAUUUUUUUUACCUUGGGCAACAACAUUUCUUUGUCCUAGUCGACUACUGGAGUGGGUUCUUUGAAGUCCAGGAGGUUAAGGUGGCCACAUCUGCUAGCGUGAUAGCUGCGUGUAAAGUACAAUUCGCCCGCCAUGGGAUACCAGACGUGCUUAUUACCGACAACGGACCUCAGUUUACGUCAUCGGUGUUCAGUGCAUUCGUGAGAGAAUGGCAGUUUGAACAUAGAACUUCGAGCCCCCGUUACCCCCAGUCAAAUGGCCGCGCCGAGAAUGCCGUGAAGACCUGCAAGAACUUGAUGACGAAAGCGAAAGCGGAUGGGCAAGACCCGCUGUUAGCCCUUCUCGAUUGGCGCAACACCCCAACAGAGGGUCUAGGAACAUCACCCGUACAGAGACUGAUGGGACGCCGCACACGCACUUUCUUACCAACCCAUGAAACGCUCCUGCGGCAGCCAUCACACCAGGAAACAGCCACCAAAUUAGCUGAGCGCAAGAAAAGACAAGCUCAACAAUACAACAAAAAGUUUCGCCCUUUAGAGGCACUAAAGUGUGGACAGGCCAUCAGGAUGCGGCUUCCCGGAAGGGAGGAAUGGAGUCUGGGGACCUGCAUGAAAGCCUUGGGGAACAGGUCUUAUGAAGUUGAAGUUUGCGGCAGGCGAUACCGACGCAACCGUCGGCAACUGCGCCUGACCCCGGAAACAGCACCACCUAUGAGUCUGGUAGAACUAACUCCGCCCGAGUCUACCCUCAAACCGGCGCCAAAUCUGACAGAGCCAGGACCUCCUCCACCGGAUAUCCAUGGCGAGACCAAAACAGAGAGAAUGCCACCUGAAAAUGAGAUGGGAACUGAGCUUGAGCCACAAAGGAUUGAAACUCGUCGAUCAGAACGCAGACGUCGACCGCCUUUGUGGCAUCAGGAUUACCAUAUGAACUGA